AUGAGUAGUGAACAGCAACAAAACGGAUCUAAGCCCAAGAAUAGGAAUUUCCGUAGGACUCAGACUGGUGGUAGAAGUAAUGGAGAGUCUGGUAAUGGUAGAAAAGCCAAGAAAAUUACUGGGAAUCCAGAUUUUUUGCAAAAGGAGAUUAAAAGUGGCAAGAAGAGCAAUAUAGAAAAGAAAGUGGAGGAGUUCAAUGCUCGUGAGGAAGAUGAUGAUACCGAACUUUGUAUUAUUUGUGCCAGAGUGUUAGUGUAUGCAUCAUUAUCUCCAUGUAAUCAUACUACUUGCCAUGUUUGUUCUUUUAGACAAAGGGCCCUAUAUGAGAAGAAGUCAUGUUUGAUCUGUAGAACUGAGAAUGAUAGAUUAACCUUCACCGACAAUAUCGAUGCACAAUACUCCGAAAUAACAGACUUUUCAGGAAGUGACGAUAAGUUUGGUAUUGAUUUUACAUCAGAUGAAGUAAAGAAUGCAACAUUAGAUUUGUUAAAGUAUGCAUGCCCACUAUGCCCGGAUAACGAGCAACAUGUAUCAACGACUUACAAAAAAUAUAAUGAACACUUAAAAUCUGCCCAUAAUAGAAUGAUUUGUUUGAUCUGCGCUGGUAACAAACAUUCAUUUCCAAGAGAAAUGAAAAUUUACACAGCCAAUCAAUUAAAGAACCACCAUUCCAGAGGUGACUCAGAAGGUUUUAAAGGUCACCCCAUGUGCGCAUUUUGUACUGGUAAGAGAUUCUACUCAGAUGACGAGUUAUAUAUCCACAUGAGGAACGACCACGAAAAGUGUCACAUUUGUGACAGAAUAGACCAUACUCAACCUCAGUACUUCAAGGAUUACGAACAAUUAUUUGAGCAUUUUAGAACAUCUCAUUAUGUUUGCACCGUUCAAUCCUGUCUAGACGAUAAAUUCGUUGUGUUCAAGGACGAUAUGGAACUACAAGCACAUAUAUUAAAAGAACACGGUGAUAUAUUAAGAGGAAAGCCUAAAUUCUUUCAAUCUGAACUAUCAACUUUUAUCUCUGCACCAUCACAGGUUAUACGGGAAAGAGACUCUUAUAAUUACGACAUGGGCUCAGUUGGCAGUUCUAAUAUUGAAGAGAGUAGUAACCCUGAGGUAAAUAGAUUACGAAUGAAUGAAAGAGCUAAGCACUACUUAAACAGCUCCUUGGAAGGUUUCCAGAAAUUCGAAACUUUGAAUGAAAAUUAUGAUAGCUCUGUGCUGACUGCUUCUCAGCUAGUACAGGAAUAUAAAAAGCUAUUCACAGAUACUCAUGCAGACAUAUACCUGCUUGUACACAACUUAUCUGCACUUUAUCCAAAAAAUAGCAAAAAAUUCAAGGACUUAGAUGUCAUUUAUCAAGAGUACGAGCAAACUGAAAAGAGGAAAAACGCAUUACCAUCGCUUCUUGAUGAUCAUAUCCAAACUGUGCCUGGUGGUGCUUGGGGUUCUUCCACAGGUAGAUCCAAGUCUCACAGUUCUAUUAAGAACCUAAACCAAUUACCUUCUUUAGGAGGUGUGUCCUCAUCAUUUGAUCCUUUCAAGAAUCCUAACAAAGCACCAGUCUACAAAGGUCUAAGGCAAUCCCCAAAACCAGUUGUAUCAGCUACUCAAAGACAAACACCAAUGAGAAUUAGUGCUAGACCUACUGCAUCAAACAGAGUUGAGUUUAAUGGUGGAAGCACUACUAAGGCUGCUACACCUAGCUGGGGCUCACAACCUUCGAGUAAUUCAAGCAGCAAGAAUAAACUAGCUGAUUUAAAUCUACCGACUUUGCCUGCUCCUAAACCAAAGGUAUACAUACCACCUGUACAUGAACCGGUAAUCCCUGAUCCCAAGAAGUGGGGACAAAAAGGCGAGCCAGCUCCUCAGCUAACAGAAGAACAACAAUUACUCGAGAGCUUGAAUUUGAACGGUAAUUCCAAGUCAAAGAAGAAAGGAAAGCAGAAACAAUUAUUAUUCCACAUUGGAGUGUAA